AUGCGGGUGGCUGAGGGGUGCACAGCUAGGGAGGACACAGAAGGGGGCGGGGGCUGUGCUGGACGCUGGGCCCUUCGAGGCGCCCUGCCCUACCAUUUGUGGGGAGAAGCGACCCCCCUGACCGCGCCCACCGGGCCCCCCCUCGAGGUCGGCCCUCCCCACCGCUCUUGCUGCCCCGUGACCCUGGGGGUCGAGAGGGGUGAGUGUCGUGGUGGGAGGUGGGUACGGGCCGGGCUGGGAGGUCUGCUCAGUCCCCGUGCUGGGGGUCUGGGGCUCCAAGACGGAGGCCCAUGGGACACUUUCUCCCGGGCUGGUGCACACCCUGUGUCCUGGUUUGGCGUCCCCGUGGCCACAGCUGCAGUCCUGGACCCGGAAGCGGAGCACAGCAUGGACACCAUCCUGGUGGGCUCCAGCGAGCCGUCAUCCCCACCGUCACCCAGGCUCCACAGAGAUCUUAUUGCAUAUGAAGUCAAGGUUAACCAGCGAGACAUAGAAGACGUGUGUAUCUGCUGCGGAAGUUUCCAGGUGCACACGCAGCACCCUCUGUUUGAGGGAGGGAUGUGCACUCCGUGCAAGGACAGGUUCCUGGAGUGCCUCUUCUUGUACGACGAGGACGGGUACCAGUCUCACUGCUCCAUAUGCUGUGCGGGGGAGACGCUGCUCAUCUGCGAGAACCCCGACUGCACUCGGUGCUACUGUUUCGAAUGCAUCGACAGCCUGGUGGGCCCCGGGACCUCGGGGAAAGUGCAGGCCAUGAGUCACUGGGUCUGCUUCCUGUGCCUGCCCUUCCCCCGCAGUGGGCUGCUGCAGAGGAGGAAGAAGUGGCGGGGGCUGCUGAAGGCCUUCUGUGACCGGGAGGCGGAGAGGACACAGCGGAGUCCCCUUGAGAUGUACAAGACUGUGCCUGUGUGGAAGAGAGAGCCCGUCCGGGUGCUGUCCCUUUUUGGGGACAUCAAGAAAGAGCUGAUGAGUUUGGGCUUUUUGGAAUACGGUUCGGCGCCGGGAAAACUGAAGCAUUUGGAUGAUGUCACCGACGUAGUCAGGAGGGACGUGGAAGAAUGGGGCCCCUUCGACCUCGCCUACGGCUCCACGCCCCCGCGGGGCCACGCCUGCGACCAUCCCCCGGCGUGGUACCUGUACCAGUUCCACCGCAUCCUGCAGUACGCGAGGCCCCGGCCGGGCAGCCCCCAGCCCUUCUUCUGGAUGUUCGUGGACAACCUGGUGCUGACCGAGCGCGACCGCGUCGUGGCCACUCGCUUUCUGGAGACUGACCCGGUGACCAUCCAGGACGUCCAUGGCAGUACCAUCCAGGACGCCGUGCACGUGUGGAGCAAUAUCCCCGCCGUGAAGAGCAGGCAUUCGGCUCUGGAUUCCCAGGAGGAAUUAUCCCUGCUGGCUCAGGACAGGCAGAGAGCAAAGCCCCCGGCCCAGGGCCCAGCCAUGCUGGUGAAGAAUUGUUUUCUCCCCCUGAGAGAAUAUUUCAAGUAUUUUUCAACAGAACUCACUUCCUCUUUAUAA